ACUGAGCACAAGUGGGGAGGGUUUGGUGCACAGCACAAACAGCAAAACACAGCGGCACCGCAGCCAGCGCCGGUUUAAGGUUUCAGGACAGGAACUCGUAUGGAGAAUCAGUCGAGAUACAACAGCAUUCAUUCAUUAUUAGUAUCCUGCUUGUUCUACCCUCGAAUCACUUUAAAGUACUGCAAGUACUUCUAUACACAAAAUGGCCUCGAAGCGAGCAAAGAUGUCGGACCUGAUCAACUACAGGAUGCGUGUCGUGAUGGAGGACGGCCGACAACUAACAGGCCAGAUGCUGGCCUUCGACAAGUUUAUGAACAUCGUCCUCGCCGACUGCGAAGAAUUCAGACUCACCCGCCGCGCCGCCAGCGCAAAGCGACAAGCCGCCAAAGCCGGCACAUCGACAGCAGCAACCUCAGAAACCAUCGAAGAGAAGCGAACACUCGGUCUCGUCAUCCUCCGCGGCGAAAACAUCGUCUCGGUCAGCAUCGAAGCCCCGCCUCCGUCUGACGAAAUGCCCAGGCUCGGAGUUAUCCCGCCUGGUGCUGGUGUUGCGAGGGCGGUCGGCAGAGGGCUGGGUGGGUUUGUACCUGGAAUGGGAUUCUAGAUUUAGCUCUAGAUCCAGAUCCUAGAUGUCUCCGUUGUUUAUGAGUUCCAAAAUGUAUAGAUAGUCUCUUUUGAUUAUACACUACUUUGAUUCACAGUAUUUGUUUUGUUAUGUUUGUGCAGAGUUCUGGGUUUUGUUUGCAUUCUUGUUUGUCGCUUUGUGUUGGUUAUCUGUUUUUUCGUUUCGUCUUCGUCUUUCUUUCAAAAUAAUCAAAAAGGUACUUUUGCUGCGGCUCCUAGUUGCGAUGUAUGAUUAAGGAUUAAUUGAGCAGUGGCAAUCUGAAAUACUAUUACUCACGUUGAGUAUCUGGUGUACUCUAGAGAGCAGGGUAGAGUAGAGUCAUGAAUGCGAGAUAUUGCAGCUGGAGUGAUCAGCUCACGUUCUGGAUGCAACUCAGGACAAGCUCAGGACAAGCUCAGGACAAGCUCAGGACAAGCUCAGGACAAGCUCAGGACAAGCUCAGGA